GUGGAGCCGGCAGGAGUUGCUCCUCCUCCUCGCCGCCGCCGCCUUCUUGUCUUCCUCCGCAGCUCCGCUUUCUGGCCUAGUCGCGCUGCCGCCGAGGACGGUUCCCGAGGCUAGGGGUAGCACAUGACUCCUACAGUGAAGAUACAUAUAGUAUAUUGCUUCAACAAUAUUGCAAGUUGGAAGAGGAGAUGGGACAAGUUGCUGAGGCAUGGCUUGAGUGCCAGAAGAGAAUAGAGGAUUAUGUUGAUGAACAGGUGGCACUGAGAACAAAACAACACUUUCUGAAAGAAGACUGGGAAGUUUUUAAACAGAGGCAUAUCAUAGAAGAGUUAAAUGGCAAGAAAGCAAUAUCUGGCGAAAAUAACUUCACAGACACAAUGAGGCAUCUGUUGUCAUCACGACUGAGCAUUUCUGAUUGUCCCAAUUGCAAUUACAGGCGCAGAUGUACUUGUGAUGACUGCAGUCUGUCUCAUAUUCUGAUGUGUGGAAUCACUGAUGCACCAGUUACCGAUGACAUCCAUAGUAACCACCUACCACUACAAAUCGAUUCUGCUCCGGAUUAUUUUUCUGACAUCCACCUACCUAGUAUGUCUUCAGGAAGCUCAGGGUCCAGUUCCAGUUCCCCUUUUACUGUCCAGCAGAUAGACAAACCAAGACUCAUUCUGACAGAUAACGACUCCGAAUCACCUUUUAAUAUCGAAAAUGAAGAUAUUGCACCAAUAUCAGAAAAACGUGGUGAUAUUUACUCCACUAACCACUACUAUAAUGCUGACAUAGGAAAUGUGAAUGGAAUCCACAAACAGUUAAAUGGUGGAGUCAAGAACAUGACGUUAACAUUUGAGUCUCCCCAGGGGAGCAGCACUAGUAGCAGUUCAUCAGAAGCAGAUUCAGAAGAAGCAGAUGUGGAGAAUGGCAGUAAUCUAGCAAGAAUUCAAGAAGGUGAUUUAUUGCUUGGAAGAAAUGUGAUAAGGAAGGAUGAAGCUGAAAUGGACAGUUCUCUAUCAUCCUACCCCACUCAGCAGACUGAUCAGGGAACAGCUUGUUGUGAGUGCCAUGUCUGCAAACAGGAUGUCCCAGGCCCCUCUGCUUCAGACACUGAAGUGAGAUCUCUUCCUACUGGGCAUCAAUUUCGGAUCCCAGAAAAACCUGCCCACCCUGCUCUUCAUCUUUAUCCUCACAUCCAUGGACAAAUACCACUUCAUACUAUUCCUCACCUACCUCCUCCACUAAUCCACCCCUCAUUAUAUACAGCUUCCCCUUUUGCACAGAAUAAGGCAUUGGUUCAGAAUCAUACAAACAAUCAGCAAGCCCUUGGGACAUCAUUCCAAGAUUAUAUCUACCCAAGUGGUUUUGGAAGUACUACAGACUGGAAGAGUUCUAAAUUUCUAAGCAUUUGGGGAUCAGAAGUAAUGAAUGAGAAGGACUGGAAUGCCUCCACCUUUUUGCAAGAUGCACUUCCUGGGAGUGAUGUGGUAGCAUCAACUUUCUCAAAACCGGGACCUGAUGUACUUCCUGUAACAUCUAGAAAUGAAGGAAUGACAGUAACUGAUAGCAAAAAGAAGGAAAAUACUUCAAAGAAAAAAUGUCUCUAUCAUUUUCAAGAUGCAUUUAUGGACACUAACAAAGUAGUUAUGGCAACUUCCUCAGCAACCUCUUCAGUCUCAUGCACUGCUACUACAGUACAGUCAAGUAGCAACCAGUUUAAAGUUUCAUCUAAAAGAUCAUCAUCACUAGGUGAUGUGUUCCACAAAAUCAGUUCUGAGGAUCACAGAUGUUUGUCGUCAGCUUCACCACAAAACAAUCCCACUAGUUUAGCACCACUUCCUUCCAUUUCUCCUGUGGUGCUUUCUCCAGCUUCUACUGCCCAUCUCUCAAGUCCUAAUGCUCCAUCAUUCUCUAGAGUUAACACAACUGUUCCUUGCUUUGUGGAUCCCCAUUCAGGUGUUUGUCCCACAGCAGUUGUAUCUCCUUCAGCCAAAGAGAGCUUAAUUAGUGCUCCAUCAAGUGUUUGCAGCGACCCGAACUGUGAAGGCCAUCAUUGUGAGAACAGCAAUAUGUAUGACCAUCAACAGUACGAUGGUGAGGACAGCGAAGAUGAAGACAGCUGUUCAGAGCAUAGCUCAAGUACCUCAACAUCCACCAACCAGAGAGAAGGAAAAUACUGUGACUGUUGCUACUGUGAAUUCUUUGGUCACGGAGGCCCACCAGCGGCACCAACUAGUAGAAAUUAUGCUGAAAUGAGAGAAAAACUUCGCUUGCGAUUAACAAAGAGGAAAGAAGGACAACCCCAGAAACCAGAUCUGACCACAGAUAAGGAAAAUAUAGUUGAUCAUCGAAAAGUGGAAGAUUUGCUACAGUUUAUAAACAGCCCUGAGACUAAGCCUGUAAGCAGCACUCGGACAGCCAAAAGAGCAAGGCAUAAGCAAAAGAAGUUAAAAGAAAAGGCCCACAUUGAAACAGGCGCUAGAGAACAGGAGCAUCACCAGCUGCUUGAACAGCAACAUCCAGAAGAUGAGGAGGCACAACAACUGCAAGAGCUACAAGCUGUAAAGAAAAAGAAAAAAGAGAGAAUGAGCACUCAGAAAGUGAAGGUGCAUACUCAGAAUUGUCAAGCAAUGACGAAGUCUCUCCCAAACACCCCGGAAAGCAUUCAGAAUGAACUACUGGAAAAAAUUGAAACUUACUCUGAUUCAGCAGCAAAACAUGUAAACUAUGUUGAACAGGGGCCUGCUUCUGAAAAUUUCUGUGAGGUGUCUAAUCCAAUAAAUAGUAAAGACGCAAAGCUGCUCUUCAAGCCAGAGAUGACAAUGAAAUCACAUGAGCCCCUUUCUUUGCUCCUUAAUAUAAUGCACCACCACACAGAAGAUAAAAACAAACCGCAGAUAACACAAAUAAGUAAGCUGUUUGCUCAACAAUUGAAAAAGCCUUCCAAAAAGACUGAUGUGCAGCCUAAAAUAAAAAACAAAAUUCAGUCCAAGUCUCAAGUGGCAGAACUUCAGUCAUGUACUGUCCCCAAAUCAGAGGAGAAAAAACUAAGCACUAUUAAAACAAAGCAACUGAACCCUGUAACAAAAUCACCUUUUCUGAGAGGUUCCUUUUUUCCAAGUGAACAGUUGCAUAACAAGCUGCUAUUACAAGAUUGUCCUCAGCCAAAAGGCAAGAGCAAGAAAAAUAAGAAAAAGAAAAGUGAUAAAGGCAACUUCUCAGUUGACGAUGUAUUUUUGCCCAAAGACGUUGACCUAGACAGUGUGGAAAUGGAUGCAACGGAGCGGGAAGUGGAAUAUUUUAAAAGAUUCUGCUUGGAUUCUGCCAGGCAAACAAGGCAACGACUUUCCAUCAAUUGGUCCAAUUUUAGCUUGAAGAAAACCACCUUUGCUGCCCAGUAGAGGGCACAAUAUGGAGUAUGAAUUACUAACUUCACUUUCCCCUUUGCUGAAAACUGCUGUGGCCUUGAAACAACUUCAUUGGCAGUGCUGUGUGGAUCUUCACUGAUAAUUUAGCCUUCCCCCUGAUUAUUCUAGAAGACUGAAACAUUGCUACUUUCUCCCUACAUUUAUUAGUUUUUGUGAUUGAAGUCUGUGAAUGGAACUUUCCUGAUUGUAGCCUGCAGUUGUUGGAAUUGAAACAGUAGCAUGUUUCCAGUCUUGGGAGGAAACCUUGGCCUCAAAGGUUUUAAGCACCUGCAUUGAAACAAAGCUCCUAAUUUGCCUCAGCUGCCAUGGUGUUUGCCAUUUCGCUGUGACUUGUCCUUUAUAUAGAGUAAUGGAUCCAUCAAACUCUGCACUUCUCUGCUAUUAUAGACAUUUCUGAACAAAGUGUCGUGGAAAAAUUCAUCUUCCGGGACAAGCAUCUACUUUUGUUUUUCACAAUCUACUGUUAAGAAUGUACAAGUUAAGCUAUUUGUGUUUUGAUCCCUGAUUUAUAGCCAGGUUGUGUAAAAAAAAAAUACUUGCAGAAGAAAGUUUACCAAACAAGAGUACUUGUAUAUCUAAUCAGUAAAAUUGUAUAGCUAUAUUAACACUGAAGACUAUCUGGCUAAUUUUUAACAUAUUGUUAAGUAAUAUUAAAAUCAUGCCUUUCUUGUUGAAAGAUGGAAUACAUUAGUAAUCACAAAA